AUGACGGACAAAAUUGUGCCCAAUUCGGUUGGAUGGUAUAUUCUCGAAGGAUUUCCAUGGUGGCCCGUAUAUAUUUGUGACGUACAGAAAUUACGUCCUAAAUUACAUAUAUUAGGUAGUGGGCAUGAGAAAAUCCUCAAGAAAGCACGUGAUUUUCCAUCCGACUUUACCGUCGUCUAUUAUUUUGGCUCCCAUGACUUUUCGAUUGUCGGUCUGAAGAAAGGGGUCUUACGACCAUGGGAAUGUGCUGAGAAGGACCAAUUUCUCAAGGGUCAUCCAAAACAUUUGAUCAAGAAGAAAGGAAUUCUUGAGGAUCUAGUAGGUGCCAUCCAUGAAGCAGAAGAAUAUCUGUCGCAACCGGAAGAUAUUCGUGUCCCACAAUAUAUGGUGCCAUCGGAUUUGGACCCGACAUUAGAACCGCCACCGGCACUUUUAUUGUCACAAGAAGAAACCGACGAGGAAGUGGCGAGUCGACAUGAUAUUGAGCCAAUCACGUGUUUUGAUGAACCACAGGAGGAGGAGGAGGAUCAGGAGGAAGGUGGUUUUCGAAGGAAAAGCAAGAAAAAGGACGACAAGAAACAGAGAAGACUGCGAGAGAAGAAGAAGAAGAAGAAAAAGAAGGACGAGGACGAGGAGAGUACGACAAUGGAUGGUUGUAGUGGAAAAGUGUUGAAAACAUCACUGGAAAGUGAUGUCAAGAGUGCUAGUCAGACGGGCACAAAAACAAGUAUGGACAAGGUUUUAUCACCGAGUGAUAUGUCAAUGGAGACACUUUGUAUUCUAUUGGAGAAAGAAAUCCGUUGGAUUCUUUUUAAUUGUGUUUUUGAAGAAAUGACGACGAAAACGGUCCGAAAAAUGCUGGAAAAACGACUUGGAAUGGAUUUACGUCAUCAUAAAGCAUCGAUUAAGAAAGGUGUUGCACGGGUGAUUGCAUCAAUGGAAGAGGAAGAAGAUGCAGGUGAAUCGAUCAUUUCAACAGUGCCCGAUGAAAGUGACGAGCAAGUGCAGCAGUUGCAUCUUAACACUGAUGUUAAUGAGAUGAAGGCGUCUACUAUUUGUGAUACUAUAGUGGAUAAAGUGGACGUUCCCAUGAAGGACAAAGUGGAUGUUGCAAUGAAGGAAGAAGCGGCUUGUGUUGACGAAUAUGCUGCAAGCAUGAAACAGGAGCUUGAAGCAGCAUCGAGAAACCUCUUGUUGGCAUUGGAACUAGAACCAAAAAUCAUGGACGCGCUGAGCUCGCUGAAGACUUUGGACAAUGUAGACAAACACGUGCUGGCCACGUCAACGCUCCAGUCUCGACUUGUGAAACUAAGAGCACACCCGUCAUCAAGGAUUUGUGAGCUUGUGGCCUUUUUGGUGAAGAAAUGGGACGUUGAGGAGUUGAUUCCAGCACCCAAGCCUAUCACUAAGAACGAGAUCUUAGCUCUCAAGGCGAAGUUGGAGAACCCGGAGACAAUUCACGAUGAGUUAUUGGUGACCUUAAACCAGCUGGGCGAGAUGGCCCUGACUAUCGAUCAUUUGAAGAAGACGAGAAUUGCACGCACAGUGUCCAAGUUACGCCAACACGGCAAUGACAAAGUUUCUGCUAAAGCACAUGAGCUCCGGCAAAAAUGGAUCAAACAGUCAAGUGAACAGUCUACCGACAGUGAUUUGGACUUAAAUCCGCUCAAGACUCUCAAAACUUUAAACCGCAUCUUGGAACAGCAGAGCGAUGGCACAGACGAGCAGAAGCUUCAAAGUAAGCAGUUGGCUGCGCUCGAACAGCUCCACAGUAUGUCGUUGGAUACUAAAGACAUCAUCGAUUCCAAAGUUGGCAUUCCUGUGUCCAAACUGCGCAAGUCGAGUAACGAAAGAAUAGCAGAAUUGGCGAAGAAACUUCGAAUGAAGUGGCGAGCCGAGGCAAAGGGGUAG